CCGGAUAGCCGCGGUGCUCUCUCCUUACCCAGGCAGGGCUUCCCUCCCCCCUCUCCUCCCCCAGUCCUGGGUGCAGGGCUUGCUGCGGGCGCCGGGGUCUGGGAGCCCAGGCGGAGAGGGGCAGAAUGACGUCAGCGCAGCUCAGGCAAUAGGCUGUAGCUCCCAAGCCUCAUUCAAUGCCUUGUCUGCAGCCGGGAGCCAGCCAGCGGUACAGCAGCAGCAGCAUUCACCGCAGCAUCAGUGACAUCCUCAGUAGGUAAGUCACAUAGCUCCAUCACUGCAAAAAACAAAAAACAAAAAACAAUUAAAAAUAAAAUUAAUUAAAAUAAACAUCCCAGUGCCACGGACUGCCAGCACCCACUGCCCCUUUAGACCCAGGCUGUGCCAGUCACCUGGGCAAGUACUGCAUUUCGAGGGGUACCCACAUCAUUGUCUGAUGUGACUCUCAAGGGCACAUAGAGGGAUGAGGCUCUGUAAGUCAUUCAUCAAAAUCAGUGUUGUUGACUUUGGGAGAAGGUGAUGGAUGAGCUGUAGGUAUUAACUCUUCAAGUGUCAGAGUGGUAAAGCAGUACUGCCCCUCUGGCACUCAUAGGGUGAAAAAUGCCCCCACCCCCUCUCCUUUGAUAUGGGCUUGAUUUGUUUUGGGAGUCAGUGCCUCUUCUGUUACCAGUUUACAGUGAUUUACCUGUGUUUCUCUAGUGGAUCUUGGGCUGGCUGAACAUAUAAUAGAGCAACUGGCUCUGGCAGACAGUUAUGGUCUUAAUUCUACUUCCAAGUUGGCAUCUGCAGGUCUGUCUCUUCCUCUGCUGAGCUCAGUAAUUGAAUUAAAGAUUACCUAAGCUACAGUUUUUCUUUUCUUUUAUCUUUUUUCCCUCACCUCCUGUAUACCAGAUUCUUUUUUAACAGCAGGGUUUUCUAACAUGGGAUCCACAUUAUUUAUGGCAUACUUCCAGGGUCUGCUGAAUGGACUUGUCGACAAACCAUCAUUUGAAGAACAUGUCUUCUGUUACUCAUUGCCUAUUUAUAUAAUUUAAACUAUUUUCCCCUCUGCCUUUAUUCACAGGUUGUUGCCUUUUUCCAGCCAACUUCAACUUCUGUGAUUUUAUGAGAUAUUAUCUAGUCUCAGUUCCAGUGGAAAAACACACAGGUGCUUCUCCUUUUUGGUAUCACCAACCUUUCUCCAUGAGUCCAAGAUUCUCCAAACAGCUCAGGCUGUCUAUGUCACCUUGCCUCUUCAACAGGACAUCUCCGUCCAAUAGCACCACCAACUGUGUAACAGAAGUGGAACCUCUGUUCCAGUCCUUCUCCUCAACCUUGGUCUUAAUUGUUCUGGCCACGGUCAUCUUCUGCUUGGUUGUCCUAUCACUUAGCACCUUUCACAUGCACAAGAGCAAGAUGAAAAAGCGUAAGAUUGAGAAGGCUCAGGAGGAGUAUGAGAGGGACCACUGCAGUCCUAAGGCAGAGAGGAGUCAUUUAUAUGGAAAGGAGAAUAGACAACCAAGUGCCCCCCAGGACAGUAGCUCUUCACCUUCUCCAAUCAUUCAGAGGAAGGAAUCCAGCAGCAUAAACCUGGAUUCCAGGAUUAUUGAGCAUUCUCAAAUAGAACCUUCUGUUUUGGACAAAACCAGUGAGGACCUGCUGCAGUCUGUGGUGUUGUCAUGAUCCAAAAUGACAGAGAAGGCUAUGUUCUUGUACAUAUUUGGUGACACUGUCUCUGAGAAAAAAAAUAAAUUCAAUUCAAUUAAUAAGAGCAAAAAAUAUUUACAAGAGUCAAGCGCAUGAUUACAAAACCACAUUGCGUUGCUACCAUUAAGUGUGUGAGAUAACAAAUAAUUAAAAAAAAAAAGGAUUCCUUGUAAUGCUUUUUUUUCUGGAGACAAGUCUACACAAAUGCUACCAAAUAUAUUGUCAUUUGCCUGAGGACAUUCACCCUUGCUGUAUAUACAAAGCGUACAGGAUAGCCGCAUCAUCUCCUUUACCUAUAUACCAAUUAUAAGGGAUUUAACAAACAUGAGCUUGCCAAAAUGACAAAUAUUGCACAACAUAACACAAUGUACUGGAAGAGAGAUGGCUGGAUCUUGUGUGCUAAAAAUACGGAAUUGUAAUAUGGAGAGAACCUUUGUGAAGAAGAGGAUUUCUUUCUGUUAAAAAAAAAAUGACAACCCUUUUUUGGGGGGAAAAAGAACAAACAGCAUAUGCCAUCUUUUAAUUUCGUUUCAGAAUGCUUGGUAAUCUUUUUUAAUAGAAAAAUCUUUUUUGCCUUGUGGGGCUUUUAUCAGUUAAUCAAGCGAUGCACCUUGCUUACUUCUGCAAUACUGUAUGAUUGGUGAAGGGAGCUGUUCAUAUGUGAUGGUGCUGAAAUUUAUCCACACGGUGUGUUAACAGUGUUUUUCAAACCUUGUCCUUAGAAUCCAUUAAGAAGUCUGGAUUUAAGGUUGUUCCUUCCACUGUAUAGGUGCUUCAAUCAAAGUGACAGGACCACUGAUUAAAUCACCUGAUAAAAAGCAGGGAUGUUUUAGAAUUCUGGCUUGGGUCCUGAGGACAAUAUUGAAUAACACUGCUAAGGUAUAAUAUUACAUUAUAAGUUUACUUUCUGUUAUUCUUUGCUUAACUUAUUAUAUAAACUGUACCUAUACAUGCAGAUACAGUCUUUUUGUAAACAAUUUUUGGGUGAUGUGCAGUUCUGAAGUGCAGUUACUAAUCCUAAAUUAUAUUUUGUUGUUCUUCUGUUUAAACUAAAAAACAAAAAACAAAAAACCUGUGCCCUUAUUUUACUUAUAUAUUGAUGAUGAAGCAAAACAUAGCUGUGUACUAUGCACUCUUUAAUGUAUGUUUAUUGUUUCAUGCCUACUGACGUGAGAGAUCUCGCAGGAAAUUAAAUUCAGUAGCAUGACCUAGCUUCUAUUGUUACAAGAAUAAAUUUUAUAUCUUAAUCAGUUCUUGACAAUUCAUCUAUAUUUUUUUUUUUUUAAAGAGUCGUUUGGAAAUUAACAGACAAUGCUUAUGUCUGAUAUCCAUAGAUUUCAAAACAAAGAAAAUUUUAUUUUGCUUUCACUAGAAAUCUUAGGGUUAGUGUCCAUAUAUGUUGAGACAAGCCUAAAGAAAUGUUAAGGUUGAAGUGCUGUGGUUUGCCAACUAUCUGCAGAUAAGCCUACUGCAAUGUUGUGCUAGAUGUUCUAAAUUUAGAACUUUGAUCAAGAUUUGCCUUGCUCAGCUUAGACUUAAUGCAAUGACUAUAUUGGACUGGUUUAGUUUCACAGUGAGGGUGUGAAUGCAUGGAAAUGAUCAACAAGCGAAUGUGG